CAGCCACCUAUAUAGACUUGACUCAACUAAUCACAGAAAAAAAAGUAAAUAAGAGAGAGAACACCAAUGAAAAUAAAAGAGGGUUAUUAAAUAUUUGUCACUCAAAACUUUAAUAGGCUUUGCAGCUCAUAAGGGAGAGUUAUUUUCAAAAGCUGUAUUUUGGUUUGGACUUUUCAACUCCAUUAUGCCCUUUAUUGACUUCUUUGUGGACUAAUUCUUAAUGCAUAUUGAAUUAUUGAUGCAUCAUUGCAUCAAGAACAGCAAUUGGCAUAUAUGUAUAUAUUUAUUUGUUUGAUUCAUCUUGUGCUUCUAGAAUCUAGAAUGAAAAAAUCUGGACAAUACCUAGGAAAUAUUUGAAGAAGCUAUAACAGAAAGUGACUCCUGACAUGCAAAAUUUCUCAACUGUCCAUAUAGUUACAUAUUUCCUUAAUUCUAGAAUCUGUAUCAUUAUCAAGAUUGGAAAAAGAAUCAAACUUACUUUAUGGCCUUUGAGGUUCACUACUAACCUGUGAGGCAAGUAAAGUUGAUACUGAUAUGAUAUGACAGGAUGAACACACAGAUAUUCUUCAAAGUGCAUACCAACUCCUGAUUUUUAGACAGUAUCGGUGCCUAAAGGGAAAAGUUUAACACAAAUAUUUCUACCUGACAAAUAAAAUAUGCAUAUAGAAUAAAUUGUGAAAUUCCCACUAGCCAUUCAUGAAUGUCAAUUCAGAGAUUAGGUGCAUUUCAUUUCAGAAUUGUACCUGCUGCAGUUAUUUAUUUAUUUAUCUAAUUGAAAACCACCUACUUAUGUUUAUUUUUCUAAUAUAUUCUUGAUGUUCAGUUGUUUCAAACAACUUUACUGUGCAUUUUCAUACUAAAAUAGCAGAAGAUAUUUUAGAAUACCACAAGAAUCUCAAUCUCUUGCAGCCAUUUUUUCCAACAUCCGAAGAGGAUCUGAUGUCAGAAUUAUAGGAAGGUUGCGUCACGUUUUUCAUGGUAGCAAGAACAGACAAAACUACACACAUUGAUACGUCACAAGUUUCAACCAAAGUCCAAAACACUGAGUCAGGAGAGAGAGCGAGAGAGAGAGAGAGAGAGAGUUUCAUUUCAUGUUCUUAACCUUUCUAUCUAUCUGUCUUUUCUUUUCUUUUCAUUUUGAUAGAAAUCUUUCUUUUCUCUUUUCUAUCAAAGCUUAUGGAUAAUCAGGACAAUCAAAGUUUGAAGAAGAAUCAUCUUCCACUAUUCUUGCUUCUUCUCAGUGAGAUUCUCUUGUUCUCUCAACAUAUCUCAAGUGAAACUGAUUCUAUUUCCAUGUCUCAGCAACUUCCUGAAGGGAAAACCUUGGUUUCACAAGGUGGAAGCUUUGAAUUUGGUUUCUUCAGCCCCGGAAGUUCUGAAAACCGUUACUUGGGGAUAUGGUACCAUAAUAUUCCAGUAAGAACAGCUGUUUGGGUUGCAAAUAGAGCCAACCCUGUCAAAGAAAAAUCUAGCAUGCUGCAUAUAAACAAUGAGGGAAAUCUUGAUCUAGUUAACCAAAAUGGCAGUGUAAUUUGGUCAGCAAAGUCAACAAAGAAGGCGCAGAGUCCAGUUCUUCAGCUCUUAGAUUCCGGGAAUCUAGUUCUGAGAGAUGAAACUGACCAAGAUCCUGAACAGUUUCUAUGGCAAAGCUUUGAUUACCCUUGUGACACACUCUUGCCAGGAAUGAAGCUAGGAUGGGACCUUAAAACUGGUCUAGAGAGGCGUGUAACGGCUUGGAAGAAUUGGGAUGAUCCAUCACCAGGUGAUUUUUCUUGGGGUAUCUCAAUUCUAGGUGUUCCUCAAGUUAUGAUGUGGAAAGGCUCUGAUGAAUUCUAUCGUGGCGGUCCAUGGAUUGGUAUUGGAUUCAGCGGUGCACCGGAGUUGAAGACUAAUCCGCUUUUCGAGUUCAAGUUUGUAUCCAACAAUGAUGAAGUUUACUACACAUUCAAUCUCACAAAUAAGUCUAUGAUUUCAAGAGUUGUUAUGAACCAAACAUUGCUUACUCGCCAGCGAUAUAUUUGGAUUCAAGAUGCCAAAUCUUGGAGGCUAUAUGCUUCUGUGCCUAGAGAUAACUGUGACUCUUAUAGUCUCUGUGGUCCUAAUUCAAAUUGUAUCAUAGCUGAUUCGCCAGUGUGCCAGUGUUUGACAGGUUUUGAGCCUAAAUCGCAGCAGAGUUGGGACAUGAUGGAUUGGACUCAAGGAUGCAUACUCACUGACAAAUUGAGCUGUAAUGAUACCAGCAAAGAUGGGUUUAUGAAAUUCAGUGGAUUGAAGUAUCCAGAUACUUCACAUUCUUGGGUCAAUCAGAGUAUGAAUCUUAAUCAACGCAGGGGUGAAUGCUUGAAGAAUUGUUCCUGUAAAGCGUAUGCGAAUUCAGAUGUUAGAGGAGAAGGUAGUGGCUGUUUGAUGUGGUUCAGUGAGCUCCAAGAUAUUCGACAGUUUUCUGGUGGGGGUGGUCAAGAUGUUUAUAUUCGAAUGAAAAGCUCGGCUAUAGGUAGGAGAGGUCAUAACAUGAAUUUGGCAGUGAUAUUAAUCAGCCUUGCCUCAGUAAUUGUGGUGUCUCUGGUUUUGUACUUUAUAGGCAAGAGAAUCAUAAGCUUAAGAGCUAAGAACACAGAGAAGAAGUUAUUGGUGGAGAAACAUGAUGAUGAAGGUGAUAAAGAAGAUCUAGAGCUUCCAAUCUUUGAUCUUGCUACAAUUGUCAAAGCAACUGGUGACUUCUCAUUCAGCAAUAAACUUGGAGAAGGUGGAUUCGGAACCGUAUACAUGGGUACCUUAGCAGAUGGACAAGAAAUUGCUGUGAAGAGACUCUCACGGAGUUCUGGACAAGGAUUGAAUGAAUUUAAGAAUGAAGUGAUAUUGAUUGCUAAACUUCAGCAUCGAAAUCUUGUUAAGCUUCUUGGAUGCUGUAUUCAAGGAGAUGAGAAGAUGCUUGUCUAUGAAUACAUGCCUAACAAAAGCCUAGACUCGAUUAUCUUUGAUCAUGCCAAAAGUAAAGUUUUAGAUUGGUCUAAGCGCUUCAACAUCAUUUGCGGAGUUGCGCGGGGACUGCUUUAUCUUCAUCAAGAUUCUAGGUUAAGGAUAAUACACAGAGAUCUUAAAGCGAGUAAUGUGUUACUUGACAGCGAGUUGAAUCCCAAAAUAUCUGAUUUUGGCAUGGCUAAAACUUGUGGAGGUGAUCAAACAGAAGGAAAUACAAAUAGGGUGGUUGGAACAUACGGCUACAUGGCACCUGAAUAUGCUAUUCAUGGACUAUUCUCAGUCAAAUCCGAUGUCUUUAGCUAUGGCGUAUUACUUUUGGAGAUAGUAAGUGGUAAAAAGAACAGAGGAUUUUCUCAAUCAAAGAACUAUAUAAACCUUAUCGGACAUGCAUGGAUAUUGUGGAAAGAAAACAGGCCACUAGAGUUGAUUGAUCCUUGCAUGGAGAAUUCAUGUGAUUUAUCAGAAGCAUUGCGUUGCAUCCACAUAAGUCUUCUAUGUGUGCAACAGAACCCUGAGGAUAGGCCAACAAUGUCAAAUGUGGUUGUGAUGCUGGGAAGUGAGGGUCCCUUGCCCCAACCUAAGGAACCUGCUUUCCUCACUGAGAAGUACUCUUUUGAAGUAGAUUCUUCUAGCAAACAAAUAUCUUCUUCUACCAAUGAAAUCAGUGUUACUAUGUUAGAACCUCGUUAGUGGAUCAUUUAUGUAACACCAACUUAGAUCUUUGUGUUGUGCACAUUAUGUUGUGUUUUAGUAGUACCACUUAUUCUACUUUGAUAUGCACACAAUUGGGAAUGGAACUAUAGAUGUAGCAUUUGUAUAUGUAAGUGGUGUUUUUCUUAGAUUUCCAUUGUAUUUGUAAUUGAAUUAGCUUAUUUUGUCUUUUCUUUGUUUUUAUAAUAUAGGU